AUGAAGGACUUGGGAGAUGCUAAAAAGAUUUUAGGAAUGGAGAUCACUCGAGAUCGGGUUAACAGGAAGCUAUGUGUUUCUCAAGAGGAUUACUUGUGGAAAGUGUUGGGUAAAUUCAAUAUGGACCAAUGCAAGACGGUUGCUACACCGUUAGGAGCUCAUUUUGCGCUAAAAGCAGCUACAGACGAGGAGUUGCGAGAUCAGGAGGAGUGUAUGAAGAAGGUGCCGUAUCAGAAUGCAGUGGGAAGUAUUAUGUACUCAAUGGUGGGAACACGCCCUGACUUGGCAUAUGUAGUAGGAGAGAUCAGUAGAUUUAUGUCACGGCCUAUCACAGAUCAUUGGCAAGCCGUUAAAUGGGUACUGAGAUACAUUAAAGGCUCCACUGAUACUUGUUUGAAUUUCAAACGGAAGGGAGACUUUGUGGUUACUGGUUAUUGUGAUUCAGAUUAUGGUGGUGAUAUGGACAAUGUGAAAUCAACAACAGGAAUGGUCUUUACUGCGGGUGGUAAUCCAGUGAGCUGGAGAUCCUCAUUACAGAAGGUAGUGGCACUAUCGACAACCGAAGCAGAAUAUAUUGCGUUGUCAGAAGCAGUGAAGAAGGCCUUGUUUCACGAGCGGACCAAACACAUGGCUACAAAGUAUCACUUUAUCAGAAACUUGAUUAAAGUGGAAGAAGUACAAGUGUUGAAGAUUGCAACGGCUUACAAUCCUGCUGACAUCUUCACGAAGGUGUUACCUGUGUACAAGAUGAAGGAAGCAUUGAAGAUGCUUCGUGUUACUAAAGACUGA